AUGCCAAACGACGACAUCCUUACAGACGACUAUGUCGCCGGUCUUCUGGCCAAGGAGGCCGGCGACUGCUCGAUAAAAUACUCUGCAAUGGGAAUGGAAGCUUUCAACACAAAUUCUAAGCCGUCCAACGUACCGAAGCCGAAUACGAGGUUUCUGAGAAACAUCAUCAGGGAUACGGACUCACACAACAAGGCGCUACUGGCCAAGGAGGCCGCCGAGUCGAAGGCGAGGCUCAGGGAUUUGGAGCGCACCGAGGAAGCCAAGCGACGGAGAACGAACCCGACGGCCGGAGAUUCGGCCGACGACGAAAAAUCAAGGGGCAAGAGCGACAGCGACCGCCAUUCGCGCCGGACGUCGCGUCGAGAUAGGGAUGCAGGCACUGAUCGCCACAAGUCGAGGAAAGACUAUGGUCGAUUGUCGCGAAGCCCCGAGGGAGACGAGCGGAGGAGUCACCGCGAAGAUCAGUCACGGAGCUCACGAAGGAAACAUCGCGAUGGCUCCUCUGAAGAUAAACAUCGACAUACCCGUGACCGCGACCGCCAGAGAGAUCGGUCUAGGUCACCUCGCCGUCGCCGUCGUUCCCGUUCACCCGAGACCAAGAGAAGCAAGCAUCGGAGUCGCUCUCCUUUAGCUGCGGAGAAACACGCCUCGAGAGAUCCGUAUCUCAAAAACGACGACGAUGACUCAGACCCUUUAGACGAAUUUAUUGGGCCUGCUCCGCCUCCAAAGUACCGCGGCCGGGGGACAGUUGCCGGCACAGCUAGCUUGGAUCGGCGAUUUUCUGAUUCGUAUGAUCCAAGCACAGAUGUGCUCCCUGAUAAGGAGGGGGACAACUGGGACGAUGCAGUGGAGGCGUUUAGGGAUCGCCAGAAGCUGCGUCAAGUGCAGGAUGAGCGGAUGAAGGCCGCCGGGUUCGCGGAUCACCAGAUUCAGCGGAUCAACAACAAUCAACGAGAGAAAACAGAAGAGGACGUUGUAUGGUCCAAGGCUGGCGAGGAGAGGGCAUGGGAUCGUGGGAAGCGAGAGGAUAGCGAUGGCGAUAUUGUCUUGCACGGCAUCCUAUCAGAGGAGUCGUGA